GGCUCCCUCCAAAGCUUUACAGGCUCCAAUCCAUGCCCCGGCCCACCGGCGAGAUGAGGCGCGGCGUCAACCUCCGCGCUUCAAGCUAAGCCUCCUGAUCGGUCGAUUGGUGGCUUGUCCACAUCCACCGUCCUUCUCUUCUCUCCCCCGCCUGCACUAGUCCACCGGUGCAUGGCUCUGGCCGACUAGCGCUGUCACGGCCUACAGCAGCAGCAAGCAGGAGCUGCGUGCCUUGCCGUUCCUGCGUGUAUGCACUAGUCUCUACUCCUACACGGCACACCGCACACCCUCCCUGUCGCUGUCGCCGCCGGAUCGCCUUUUGCCUUCGGCUUCCGUCCGUACUUCACCAGCGCACCGCCCACCACGUCGGCACGUUCGCCUCCCCUUUCCACCUCCGUCCUUCGAUCACUUCACUCCCGGCUUGGAGCUUGCUUCCUCCGCGCGCCUGUCAGAGUAUUCCUUCCUUUUAUGGUCCUCGGCUUCUCAUCGCGUUGCGCCGGCAUGAUCUGAGCAAAGAUAGCUAGGUUCUGGUGGUCAGAGAUCGGAGAUGGCGAGCGGCGGCGGCGGUGGAAGCUCGCUGCUGCGCGGCUUCCUGUCGCUCUUCUUCCUCCUCUUCCUCCACAUUGGCCACGCCGGCUGCUGCUUCUCUCCGGGCUCUGCCGCGCGGGCGCGGGAGGAGGACGAAGCGGCGGACGCGGAAGACGGUGGGAAGGUGGGCGGCGGCGGCGGCGGGAGCAACAAGAGGAGGAAGAUAUCGCCGUUGAUUUUCUCCCCGGCCGCGUCGUCCUCUGCCGUUACCAAUGGCAGUGCCAGAGCCCGGCGCGGGCACGCGUCGUCGGUCGCCGCCAGCCUCCGGUUCUACCUCCACCGAAUUUUCUCUUCAUCCGGGGCCAAGGAUGGCGCCGUUGCGGGCAGGGAGGAGGAAGAGGCGGCGGCCACCACCGUGUCCUCGCCGCUCGCACGGUCCCUGCCGCCUCAGGCUUCGGCGUCGGUGGUGCUGUCGACGCCGUCAUCGCCGUGCGCGUCGUCGCCGUUCAUGUCGCCGCUCUCGGUGCGCUCCCUCAGCGCCACCCCCGUGCCGUCCUCGCCGCAGAAGCUGCUGCAGGCGGGCAGGCAGUCGUCCCGGUCGUUCGCCGCCCGCGGCGACGUGUUCCCCUGCAAGGUGUGCGGCGAGGUGCUGGGCAGGCCGCAGCUGCUGGAGCUCCACCAGGCGAUGAAGCACUCCCUGUCGGAGCUCACCCACCUCGACUCCAGCAUGAACAUCAUCCGCAUGAUCUUCCUCGCCGGGUGGAAGCCCGCCGCGUCCGGCGCCACCGAGGCUCCCGCCGUCCGCCGCAUCCUCCGGAUCCACCACAACCCGCGCGCGCUCGCCCGCUUCGAGGAGUACCGCGACCUCGUCCGUGCGCGCGCCGCCCGGCGCCGCGGCGAGGGGGCCGGCGCCGCCGUCGUGGAGGAGGAGCGGUGCGUCGCGGACGGGAACGAGCGCCUGCGCUUCCACUGCUCCACCAUGCUCUGCUCGCUGGGCGGCGGCGGCGCGUGCGGGAGCCCCUACUGCUGCGUGUGCAGCACCCUGCGGCAGGGCUUUGCGGGGAAGCAGGCCGACGUGGACGGCAUCGCCACCUACGCCUCCGCGUGGGCCGCGCACGCGUCCCUCCCCGAGGACGUGGAGCGCGAGUUCGCGUUCCUCCAGGUGCGCCGCGCCAUGCUCGUGUGCCGCGUCGUGGCGGGGCGCGUCGGCCGCGGCGCCGCGGACGACAAGGUGGCCUACGACUCCAUGGUGCCCGCGCGCGCCGGCGCCGGCGGCGACGACGUCGAGCUGCUGGUGUUCAACCCCAGAGCCGUGCUCCCGUGCUUCGUCAUCCUCUACAGUAGCCAGUAGCCACGACGACCGCCAGGCCACGACGCGGCCAGCCUGCACGCAGUACUAGUGUAUUAUAGCCUUUUCGCUGCUCCUUUGCCCCAUCCCCAGUUCGGUGUCCCGUGUCCCCGCCGCUGUGGUCGCCGCUCGGUCACUCGCCGCGGCGCGGCGUGGGCGCGGUGGUGGGGAGGCUCGCGCGCCUGUCAUGGAGCUCUGGAUCUCCUGGUUGGACCGUGCGAACAGCAGUGGCCGCCGAUGCCGUCGUCUAAUUUGCCGGAUCCGAUCGAGGUUGAGAAUGAUACGGAGUUGAGCGAGCCUACCACGCGGAUAGUGAUGCGACGCGCCAGAACCAUAAUGUUAUGGAGUCAUGUAUAGUGGUGUGGUUGGCAUGUUUCUGUGGCUGCUACGUACUAUUGUUGGGUCCCCUGUCAACUGUUUUGCUAGUGGUCUCUGCACAAUUAUCGUAGUUUCUCAUUUGAUCUUGAUUUAUGUUCAGGGUUGCUUUGCGUA